AUGGCAAAAACCAAAGGAGGAACUAGCUCCGGAAGCACCCAACCCCCGAAGAGGAAGAACACCAAACCCCCACCUCCAAAGCGGACCACGAGGCGAACCGCUUCGGAGGAGGCCUCCACCAAAAUCACUGAAGACCCUUUGCUGACUAUUCAGCCCGAGGACAGAGGGCGUGCUGAAGUCCUGCAGCAAGAGGAGCAGGAAGUCGCAAGAACAGCCGCCGAGUCAGAGCAACCGGAAGAAGGGGAGCCUGAGCUCACACCCCCUGUGAAGAAAUCGAAGAAAGCCCAGACGGGCAAGGCAACUCCGGCGCGAUCCAUUGUCGCACCAUCUCCUGUUCGAGCCCAACCUCAACUGCAAAUUCCAGAAACCUCCAUGCAAGAGGGGAGAACCGCUUCCAAGGAUACAGAAGAAGAAGAACAAGAGAAAGCGGAGGAGGAGAAGAUGGACGAGGAGGAGGCUGAAGAAGGAGAGAAAGUUGAGGCCGUUCAAGAGAAGGAGGUAGAGGUCCCGACACCACAGAGCAAGGGACCAGGAGUGAAAAGAAAGCUUGAUGUUGCGAAGCCUCCAUUACCCGUUAAGGCCAGACCAGCACCGGCAGGCAGAAAGACCAGAACCAAAGGCGAACAGAGCAAGAAACCAAGGAAGCCAACUGCAGCCGAAAAAAGAAAGGCCAAGGAGAUAGAGGAACCGAUGGAGGCAGAUCCAGAAAGGACCGAGACUGUGGAAAGCUCCAACUCCGAGGACGUGGUUGUCCCUGCUAAGCCGAUGACAAGCACAAUCAACUCGAAACCCAAGGGUGUCAAGCGCAAAGGGGUGGUGUGA